AUGACGCCGGUCUUGGGGACGCGCCCCGCGCCGGUGGUUCUGGCCCCUGGGAAUCUGGACGAACCCAACGCGCGAGGAGGAAAGGGCGGUUCGAACUAUCAUUCCAUCCCUCAUGCGAGAGAUCCCCCCAACGACGCCGGGGUUGAGGAGCCGCCGCCGCCGCUGCGGUUGUCGGAAAGCACCGCGGAGGCGGAGCGGCGGCGGCAGCGCCCUUUGGAAAAGGCCAAAGACGAGGUCAAACGCCCCUCCCCCGCGGCGUUGGAGGCGAACGCGAUGGUGAUGGCGUACCUUGAACAUCACCUGCCGCCCUAUUGGGAGGUGUUGGAGGGUUCGGAUCAUGAGGGCGCGCGCUGGUGUGGGGGAGGCCAGCUCGCGUGCGAAAAGGACGAGGAGGAAACCAAUAAAGGAGUGGGCAUGUCGUCCGAGAAGUCCUCGGCUCGUGUGGGGGUGUUCUGCCUCUUUGAUAUCAAGGAAUGCCGAUAUCGUCUGCAGCGCAUGGUGGAUUUUGUAAACGCCUACCGACAGGAAAAGGCACGGCUGCUCGCGCUGGCGGAAGGGGAAGGGGGAAAGGCCAGGCUGAAGAUGCUCUUGGCGUCGACCCUGCCGAAACCUACCAAACCCAUUCGUGGUCAAAGGCCAUCCACGGGGAAACGACGUGGAGCUUAUCCCACAGCAGCCUUGGAGGCUGGCGAGGGGAAUUCGCGCAAACUCGAUGAGCUUACCUUGCCUUCCCCGACAACGUCGAAAGCAAUACGGCCGCCGCUGCAGAUAUCCCAAUCCACCCCGACGCGAGCGGAGGAGGGGUCGGAAAAACAUUCUCUGAGCUUAUCCCCGCUCGUCCUCCCGCACCCCAAUUCGGGCGAGGACGAAAGGAAAACGCCCAACCGCCGCCCCCAUCGCGGCCUCGCCGAUGAGGAGACCUCGCACUCAUCGACCGAAAUGAUCGGGGGGAAGCGGCGGCGUAGGAAAGGAGGAAGUGGGGGCGGGGGAUCCCCUCCGCACGCCGUCCGGCGAUCGCCGCCGAAGUCGUCGGAGCUCCGCGCGCGCGCCGCUCGCAGUACAUCAGCGGCCUCGGAAAGCAAUAGCAAUGAUACCAACGGCCAUCAUGGGGAUGAGGGGGAGCCCCUUCCGAAUAACCACCACCCCUCGCGACGGAAGGGCGACGCACCGCUGAAUUUUGCGCUGCCGCCCUCGACGGCGGAGGGCAACGGCCCACGAAGCAGCAGCGAAAGAAAACAAACGGGAUCCGCCACGCCAGGAAGCGACCUCAGCGAAAAUGACGACGACGACGACGAACCGCCGGUGUUUUCCGAUAAGGAAAACGAAGAGGAUGCCAUGGAAGGGAGGACCGGGACUCCCCACGGGAUCGCCAAAGGCAGCCCCCAGCGGCAUUUUCGCGAAAAGCAGAAAAAGUCCGGCCGGUGGCGCCGGCGGUGGGAAAAGCGGAUGGCGAAUCAGAUGGAGUGCAAACGCGCCCGCUACGACGACGUUAAUGAUAACAACAUCGACGGGGUCGCGGAGGAGCCCACCGAGAGCUCCACGACAGCUCCGUGA